CGGUUAAACAGCCGCCUCAGUUCUGGAGCACGCGGAAAGGAAAAUGUAAGUUAACCGCUGCGGGGAGGAGACGGAGAAGGGGCGGGGUGAGACGAGAGGUACAGAUAAAGCGUGUAAAUCUCUUUGAUGUAGUUGAAAAAGUCAUUGAAGAAAGAAAAUGUUUGAAGUGUUUAUAUUGAAGAUUGAAAAUCCAUGGUGCUUUUGGGGCUACAUAAAAGGAGGUGGAAAUAUUGUAGAAAACGAAAUGGAAUAUAAAAAACUUCAAUCUGAAAUGAAUCUGUUCUAUAAUAAAUUCCACAGAUAUGUGGAUGAUAUCAAGCCAUCUGUAUUGGAAAAGGGCCAGGUUUGUGCUGUUUAUUGUCAGGAAAUGAAUUCCUGGUGCAGAGCUGUUGUUAAAUCAAUCAUAUCAUGUACAGAUUAUUACCUUGCUGAGUGUUUCCUUGUGGAUUAUGCCAAGAGUGUCCCUGUGAAAACAGACCGGAUUUGUGUUGCCUUGGAAUCAUUUAUGAGAUUACCCUACAGAGCAAUGAAAUUUAGACUGUAUGGUACAAAACCGGCCACACUGCGUGUCAACUACUAUAACGACAAGGCUAAGAUAGUCCCUGCUAACCGCUGGGAUAUAGCAGCUAUCCACUACUUCCAAAAUCUCCUGAAUGCAACCACCAAGGUGGAGGCCAAGUUAUGUGCUGUUGAAGAAGACAGUUUUGAUGUUGAUCUCUAUGUCACAAUAAAGGAAGAAAAGAUAUGUGUGAAUGACGAUCUUCUUGCCAAAAAAUUUGCUUUCUAUGAGGCACCGAAGAGUACAACAAUUAGUGAUGUGGAAGACCAGAAGAGAGAAACGCCAUUAAGCCUUGAGCCUCUUUCAGAGGAGAUCAAUCCUGCACUUGUUCUGUGGCCAAUGUUGUUGCAAGCCAAGGAAACAAAGGCUUUUGAAACUUGUGCUUCUGCUUCUGAUGACAUUAAAAAAACAACUUGCAAUAAUUUGCAGGAAACUGAUUUAGCCAGUGAAGAAACAGAGCCAGCUGUAAUGGUGCCGGUUCCUCCUUUAAAACAAGGCAUAACUGUUUCCUUGCAGGCGGAUAUACAAACAGACAGCACCUUAUGUAAGGAAACUACUAAAACACAAGAACUGGAGAAAGAUCUUUAUGAGAACAAUAUUGGUGUGAAGCUUCUACAAUUUUUAAAUCCUUUGAAAGCUGUUGAUGGACAAGAUGAGACCAAGAAGCUACAAAUGAAUAGCAGUGCAUUCCGUCCUGCUGUCCUUAAUAAAAAAAUGGAACCGUGUUUAUCUCUUGAAACAGCACCACUGUUUCCAACUCUGAAAAAGGAACUUCUAAGGAAUCAGUUCCCAGGACCUAAUCAUGUACAGUCUUAUUCGUGGCCACCAAUAGCUCGCGGAUGUGAUUCAGUUAUUAUCUCUCCUGAAAACGACCCACUUCUAUAUCUUCUGCCAAUUAUGACAUUUUUGCAGUCAAGAAGUUGUUAUGUAUCACUGCCAGCUCGGAGUGGUCCAGUGGCAUUAAUCCUGUGCCCAGGACAGAAGAAAGCAGAACGGGUGUUUGAGUUUCUGGAAACUUACAGCCAUUGUUCCAGGCCUAUUCACCCAAUAUUGCUCUUACUGGGAACAAAUAAGGAAGAAAUACAGAGCACAAGAAUUUCAAGAGGAUGUGAGGUCCUUAUAACAACCCCAUAUACCCUUCUGAGGUUGCUUGAAUAUCACAGCUUACUGUUCCUCAGGCUCUGCCAUCUUGUGUUUGAUGAAAUUGAUGUGUUGUUUGCUGAAGCCAACAUAGAAAUAUUUCGCAUUCUAGAAUAUUACAAAACAGCCUUGAAUGUUGAAGAGAAAGAAUCUGCACCUCAGCAGAUCGUUGCUAUCGGAAGGCACUGGAGCAAAAACAUAGAACGCUUAACCAAAGAGUUCAUGAACGAUCCGUAUGUUGUGAUCACAUCCAUGGAAGAAGCUGCCAUAUAUGGCAAAGUGCAACAGGUGGUGCAGCUUUGCCUUGAGUGUGACCGAAUCUCGACUUUACUUCAAUCAUUGGACUUUACCCCUACUAAUGUUCAGAAAACAUUGAUUUUCACCAGUUCCGUAGAAGAAACAGAUAUAAUUUACAAGGCAGUGGAGAGCACUUCAAUAUUUUGUUUGAAAAUGCACCCAGACAUUGGAUUUCAUUUUGAUUAUGUUUUAGAGCAAUGGAAGAAAAAAUUUAGCUCUGGCACACAUGUUGUACUAGUUUUAACCGAUGACUGCAUAAGAACCUUAGGAAUUACUGAUGCAACUCGGGUCGUUCAUUUCAAUUUUCCUGCAUCUCCAAGAAUUUUCGGUGCACGCUUAUACAGUUUGUCUGAUAACUUCCAAAACUCAGUUGGAAAGAUUUCGUCUUUGGAAAAAGAACAGCCAAAUGCAAAAUCCAUCUUGCUGUUGACAGAAAAGAGUGCACCCCAUGCUGUUGGAGUAAUGCAUUAUUUAAAACGCACAGAAACCAACAUUCCACCUGAAUUAUGCAACUUUACAUCUGGAGUGCUGGAGGCCAAAGAAGACAGAAAGAAAGGAAGACCUCUCUGUCGCUACCUUAAAGCAUAUGGAGUUUGCAAGGAUAAGAAACGCUGUCCAGAUCGACAUCGAGUUAGUUUACAAUUAGAUAUGUUACAAAAGGUAACAAAUGAAACUUUGCCUGAAACUGGAAAUGUAACGAUCCUCCCUCUUUUUAUUGUGGAUGCCACAAACUACUUUGGCCGCAUUGUCAGUAAACAGAAAGAUCCAUAUGCAGCUCUUGCCGAUGAAGUGAAUGCAUAUUAUAAAAAAGCUAAGAAUCUUGUCCCUGCUGACCCAUUAGAGAAGCUAGCAAUGUAUGGAUUACGUGAAGAAAACACUUUCCACAGGGUUCAGGUGCUUGAAAUACCAUCCAAGGGAGAAAACUCUGUAUUUUAUAGCGUUCAUAUCAAGUAUAUAGAUGAAGGCAGAUUUGGUGAAGUUCAAAAUUAUAAAUUGCUUUACUUACCUGAACAAUUCCAAGCUUUGCCCCCUCAAGCAGUGGAAUUUAUUGUUUGUCGAGUUAAACCCAUUGAUAAUGAAGUGGAGUGGAAUCCAAAAGUUACGAGAUACAUUAAUCAGAUGAUCAGAGGGAAACCUCAUGAAGCAAAAAUAGUACUUGCUUUGGAAAACACAAUUUGGGUGGAUCCAGUGGUUCGUGUCACCAGACUUCUAGAUCUGAAAACGUCUAUUAAUGAAUACAAUAUUCGUUCUGAGAUCCUGUCUACUGGAAUGGGAACUGACAACCCAGAUCACAUCAGUGAACUCCAGAAGUUAUAUAGAGAUGCUGAAAUGGUUCAAGAGGAAAAGGAAUUACCUGCAUUGAUACAUCCUCUGAAGUAUGGGGUGAGUGAGCAGGCCAAAUCUCCUUCACAAAGCAUCUUGGACCAGGCUACUCUCAAUUCACAGGCCUCCAAAGAACAAGCUGUAUCCAAUGUGCAGAAUGAUGUGCAAGAGGGUGAUGUUAUUAUAAAUCAGAGUUUUUCUCAAGAAACUUUACAAAAUCAUCAUGACAAAAUGACUGCAGCUAAGAAAGCAGAUGAAUGUCUACAGCCAUCUCAUGAAUGUCCAACCACAGCAGUUAACCAGAUGCUCCCGAGAAGCUCACAAGAAGGGCCGAAUGGAGAAAGCCAGCCUCAGCUUUCCCAGGCAUCUGCUAAUCGGAGCUUCUAUCCAUCAAUAAAAUGGUUUGAAAAGCAGGAUGUUGUUGUUCUGAAGAUAAAAUUACAAAAUAUUACCAGCUACGACUGCAAGUUUUUCUCCCAGAGGAUCAUUUUCAGUGCUUCUGUAGAAGACAGAUUUUAUUUGGCUGAUAUGGAGCUGCAGAAAAAUAUCAUCAAAGAAAAAUCAGCUUGUGACCUUAAGAAUGGCGAACCUGUCAUUACCCUUGCAAAAGAGAAGGCUGAACCUUGGUGCAACUUGCUGAAGCACAAAAAUCCCCACGUCUCCUUUGAUUUUGAUUACUUGGAUUAUUCUGAAGAAAGAAGUCCCUUUUCUGCUGCAGUCACAGGUCCCAAGAAAGUGCACCUGGUUUCUACAGAGGAGGAAGAGGAGGAGGACUCCUCGGAUGACAGUGACACCGAGAGUGAUUUGUCCAUCUGUUAAUUCUGGUUUGGAAAUGGGGAUUAAGAACUCGGCUGUCACAUGAGAACCCGCAGCUUGGGUGGCAUUUCCAUAAUGAAAGCAUUUUAGCUUUUUGAACAUCAGGAAAAGUUCUAAAUUUUGACCAUGAUUUUGAAGAGGGUUGUCAUGGUGGGAGGGUGGGAUAUUUGCUCUUCAAUUUAACUGCCAUAGACUGAUCACAUGUACAAUUUCAGUGAGUUUUAAUUCAAGGUAAAUUUGCUCUGAGUAGAAGAAUUGUGAUUUUUGCUAAGUACUUAACCAUGAAACCAAUGGAGGGAGGUGAAAAUCCUCUCUCUCUCUCUCUCUCUCUCUCUCUCUCUGUGGCUAAUCUUGGAGCCUGUUUCAAAAAGAAAGCAUAGCUUCUGGCCUUUUCCUCACAAAACAAAUUAUGAAGCCUCACAGAGAUAUUUAGACAAAAGGAGUUAAGAGUAGAAACAGUCUGUUGUACUGCUAGAGACA